CUGCCUGGAUCCGGCAGAGCUCCCAACCGAGGAAGGGAAGUCCCUGUGGGAGCUGGUGCUGGAGCAGUUUGAGGACCUCCUGGUGCGCAUCCUGCUGCUGGCCGCCCUGGUCUCCUUUGUCCUGGCCUGGUUCGAGGAGGGCGAGGAGACCACAACAGCCUUCGUGGAGCCGCUGGUCAUCAUGAUGAUCCUCGUGGCCAAUGCGAUCGUGGGCGUGUGGCAGGAACGCAAUGCCGAGAGUGCCAUCGAGGCCCUGAAGGAGUACGAGCCUGAGAUGGGCAAGGUCAUCCGCUCAGACCGCAAGGGCGUGCAGAGGAUCCGCGCCCGGGACAUCGUCCCUGGGGACAUCGUGGAAGUGGCAGUGGGAGACAAAGUGCCUGCCGACCUCCGCCUCAUCGAGAUCAAGUCCACCACGCUGAGAGUGGACCAGUCCAUCCUGACGGGAGAAUCUGUGUCCGUGACCAAGCACACCGACGCCAUUCCAGACCCUAGAGCUGUGAACCAGGACAAGAAGAACAUGCUGUUUUCCGGUACUAACAUCGCAUCGGGCAAGGCAGUGGGUGUGGCAGUGGCCACAGGCCUGCACACGGAGCUGGGUAAGAUCCGCAGCCAGAUGGCGGCCGUGGAACCAGAGCGGACACCGCUGCAGCGGAAGCUGGACGAGUUUGGGCAGCAGCUGUCCCGCGCCAUCUCUGUGAUCUGCAUGGCCGUGUGGGUCAUUAACAUCGGUCACUUUGCCGAUCCGGCCCACGGCGGCUCCUGGCUCCGUGGAGCUGUCUACUACUUCAAGAUUGCCGUGGCCCUGGCAGUGGCCGCCAUCCCUGAGGGUCUCCCAGCUGUCAUCACUACAUGCCUGGCCCUGGGCACAAGGCGCAUGGCCCGCAAGAAUGCCAUCGUGCGGAGUCUGCCCUCCGUGGAGACCCUGGGUUGCACCUCGGUCAUCUGCUCUGACAAGACGGGCACACUCACCACCAAUCAGAUGUCGGUCUGCCGGAUGUUCGUGGUAGCUGCGGCCGAAGCAGGCAUCUGCCGUUUGCACGAGUUCACCAUCUCUGGUACCACUUAUGCCCCAGAAGGCGAAGUACGGCAGGGGGAGCAGCCUGUGAUAUGCGGACAGUUUGACGGGCUGGUGGAGCUGGCUACCAUCUGCGCCCUGUGCAACGACUCAGCGCUGGACUACAAUGAGGCCAAGGGUGUGUAUGAGAAGGUGGGAGAGGCCACGGAGACAGCCCUGACUUGCCUGGUGGAGAAGAUGAAUGUGUUUGACACCGACCUGCAGGCCCUGUCCCGGGUGGAACGAGCUAGCGCCUGCAACGCGGUUAUCAAGCAGCUCAUGCAGAAGGAAUUCACCCUGGAGUUCUCCCGAGACCGGAAGUCCAUGUCAGUGUACUGCACGCCCACCCGCCCUGGCCUGGUGGCCCAGGGCAGCAAGAUGUUUGUUAAGGGGGCUCCCGAGAGCGUGAUCGAGCGCUGCACCUCAGUCCGCGUGGGGAGCCGCACAGUGCCCCUGAACACCACCUCCAGGGAGCAGAUCCUGGCCAAGAUCCGGGACUGGGGCUCGGGCUCGGACACACUGCGCUGCCUGGCACUGGCCACCCGGGACACGCCCCCUAGGAAGGAGGACAUGCAGCUGGACGACUGCAGCAAGUUUGCGCAGUACGAGACGGACCUGACUUUCGUGGGCUGCGUGGGCAUGCUGGACCCUCCAAGGCCCGAGGUGGCUGCCUGCAUCACACGCUGCCACCAGGCGGGCAUCCGUGUGGUCAUGAUCACAGGGGACAACAAAGGCACAGCUGUGGCCAUCUGCCGCCGGCUUGGUAUCUUCGAGGACACAGAGGACGUGGUGGGCAAGGCCUACACGGGCCGUGAGUUCGAUGACCUCAGCUACGAGCAUCAGCGCCAAGCCUGCCGCACAGCCCGCUGCUUCGCCCGUGUGGAGCCCGCCCACAAGUCCCGCAUCGUGGAAAACUUGCAGUCCUUUAACGAGAUCACCGCCAUGACUGGAGAUGGGGUGAAUGAUGCCCCAGCCCUGAAGAAGGCGGAGAUCGGCAUCGCCAUGGGCUCUGGCACAGCCGUGGCCAAGUCGGCGGCGGAGAUGGUACUGUCGGACGACAACUUUGCCUCCAUCGUGGCUGCGGUGGAGGAGGGCCGGGCCAUCUACAGCAACAUGAAGCAGUUCAUCCGCUACCUCAUCUCCUCCAAUGUUGGCGAGGUUGUCUGCAUCUUCCUCACGGCAAUUCUGGGCCUGCCCGAAGCCCUGAUCCCUGUGCAGCUGCUCUGGGUGAACCUGGUGACAGAUGGCCUACCUGCCACGGCCCUGGGCUUCAACCCUCCAGACCUGGACAUUAUGCAGAAGCGGCCCCGGAACCCUCACGAGGCCCUCAUCAGUGGCUGGCUCUUCUUCCGAUAUCUGGCUAUUGGAGUGUACGUCGGCCUGGCCACAGUGGCUGCCGCCACCUGGUGGUUCCUGUAUGAUGCCGAGGGACCUCAGGUCACCUUCUACCAGCUGAGGAAUUUCCUGAAGUGCUCCGAGGACAACCCGCUCUUUGCCGGCACUGACUGCGAGGUCUUUGAGUCACGCUUCCCCACGACCAUGGCCUUGUCUGUACUGGUGACCAUUGAAAUGUGCAACGCCCUUAACAGCAUCUCGGAGAACCAAUCGCUGCUGCGGAUGCCUCCCUGGCUGAACCCCUGGCUUCUGGCGGCCGUGGCCAUGUCCAUGGCCCUGCAUUUCCUCAUCCUGCUUGUUCCGCCCCUGCCCCUCAUCUUCCAAGUGACCCCGCUGAGUGGGCGCCAGUGGGUGGUGGUGCUCCAGAUCUCCCUGCCUGUCAUCCUGCUUGAUGAGGCCCUCAAGUACCUGUCCCGGAAGCACAUGGAUGAAGAAAAGGGCCAGAAGUGAGUGUCGGGAGCAGAGUGGAGUCUCCAUGUACCUCAGAGUGACGGUGCCCAAGCAUGCCCCCACCCCUGCCCCACCUCCACGCUCGCCCGCUUACUCACUGGGCCCGGCCACUGUCCGAAGGGCCAUCCCCAGGCCCCCUCCCAGUGUCCCUGUCCCCACUCGCAUCGCCUGGGAGCUCUGUGAUUCAUGUCUCUGGGGCUUUCCUGGAAAGUUCGUCCCUGAAGCUCUGGCCCAGGAGCUGCAGCCCGGGAGGGGCCUGCCCAGAAGCCCGAGCUGGCGGCAGAACCAGCGAUGCGGAGCCCCCACCCCCAAAGCCACAGGCACAUUCUGGAGCCUGCCACCCUGUGCUCAGCAGCUGGACAUUUACUUGCUGACCUGCCUUUCUGCACUGACGGAGGACUCCCGGGACCCGCUCAGACCUCUCUCUCGGUGCCUGGUCUGGGGCCUGGUCAACGGGGUGAGGAGGGGACAUCUGGGCCCAGCUGUGCACAGCAAGGGCAGACAGCCCCCUCCACUCUGCCUCCACAAAGCUGGCUCCUGAGGGCUUGAGCCUGCUUCUGUUUAUAUGUGUGGGGCCUGUUUCUGUUUAUAUGUCAGAGAGAGGGACACAAGAAUGGGGGGUGAGGGCUGAGCAAGGACCCCCUCCCCUGGGAGCCAGCCAGCCUGCCUGCCUGAGCUCAGCGCACUCCCAGACCCAGGUUUCCCUGUCCAAGCAAACGAGAUGUGCCAGCUCUGUGCUGUGAUGCCCGCUCUGCCAAGCCGAGGACGGAUUUGCCUCCGUGUCCCUGGCACCUGAGCCCCGAGACGUCCUUGGGACCCUGAACACUGUGCCCUACAGCCCACCCGGUGCACUGCCAUCUCGAGGUCUGCACAGCUGGGUGGUUCUGGGUCCUCUGGACUCUUGGCCUUGCUCUUUGCCCCUCGCCCCACUCAUCCAUGAGCUGAAAGGGUGUCACUAAGCAUGGUUAGUUACCCAGGGCACUUCCUCUCCCUCCCUCCUUGCUGGAGGAACGCAUGUGCUUGUGGAUCAUGUCCAUUGAUAGGAAAAGAGCCUGGAGGGACAGAAAUGUUGUCUUAACUCAGCUUUUCCCCUUUGGCAAAAAUUAGCUAGGCGCAGAAGAAGGCAGUGAGGAAAUGGCUGCAUCCUCGCCCCUCCUGGAGAGCAUACAGUGGUGGUUUUAUAUGUAAAUCAAGACUCACAUCCCUGCCCUGGCCCCCAGAAUCAAGAGCCCCCUCAGCCUGCCUUACAGACAGAUGGGCUCCCCGUUCUGUGGGGCUCACCCGCUGCCCCCAGAGAUUCUCCUUGUCUUUCCUGCUGGGGGCAGGGGGAUCUGAGGAGGGCAGGGCCCGUACCCACCUGCGGACAUGCUGUUGGGCAGAGAAAUAAAGGUUGAGUGUCUAGGGCAA